GCGCUUUGAAUUCGAGUCGAGCAAUAAUCUCAGACGCCCAGAUGCUGGAUAGCAGGUUCUGCAUAGAAAAUGAAAGCACAUUAAUUCAGUGGGGAAGGUAGAGAAAAAUGGGGAGCCUUUAUCCACCGAGUCCGCGCAUUCUUUCUCUUCUUCUUCUCCUCUUUGUUUCUAGCUUUGCAGCUUCGUCAGAAGCUGCGGCAACAGCAACAAGGCUAGCUCAGAAGGGAUGGCCUGGGUUUCUCUUCACAAGAACUAGAGGAAGAUGCACUCCCCUGUACUGGAGCAGCAGGAAUGAGGCGUGGCCGAGGAUGGUCCCACAGGAAGCAACAGUGUCUAAGGUUUUCGGAUGGAGGGCGAGUGAACGCUACAGAUCUGAUCUGACUCUGUUGGAAGCAACAGCGAGAAAAGACGAGGAGAACGCUUUCCACAGGUUGCUGAAGCAGGGGACUGCAUCGCUGCUCAAUUCAUAUGCUAGAAAGGGUUUUGCUUACUCGGCUUGGGAGAUUAAGACUUUGGUUUUACAAGCAUUGGUGUCGGAAGAGGCUGCAGCUCGUCAAGCUCAAGGGUUCUCUGUUGCCAAUGAGGCCUGUAGCUAGUGUGUUAUUAAACCCAUGUUUCUGUCUGUGUUUUGUGCUUUGAGAAGCCUUUGUUUGGUUUUGUGGAUUAAUGGACAAAGCAACUGAACCCUUCAAGCUUUUUUUUUUUGGGUCUAAUGUAUGGUGUUGGUCUGUCUAUAUUUUGGGAGUCCAGCAUUGGUGAUGUUGGAGAUCUUGUAUCAAAUCAAGCAGUGCGUACAAAAAUUUCCUAUAUACUGUUAAUGAUUGCGUUGCAUGGA